GUCAGCCUCAGUAAGGUUCCGUUCUCGAAUAAACGCCACAUCCAAACAAGAGUUGACGUUGACAGCGACAUUUCCUCCGCCAUUUCCUUUUACUGUGUUUCUUAGGAUUUGGAAGGUACAAAAUGACCAACUCUAAAGGUUACCGCCGAGGAACCAGGGAUCUAUUUGCCCGCAAGUUUAAAAAACGUGGUGUAAUUCCACUUUCCACAUAUUUGAGAGUCUACAAAGUUGGAGAUAUUGUAGAUAUCAAGGGUAAUGGUGCAGUUCAAAAGGGUAUGCCCCACAAAGUGUACCAUGGUAAGACAGGACGUGUUUUCAAUGUUACUGCACAUGCAUUAGGUGUAAUUGUAAACAAAAGGGUUCGAGGAAGAAUCAUCCCCAAAAGAAUCAAUCUCCGUAUUGAACAUGUAAACCACUCCAAGUGUCGUCAAGACUUCUUGCAAAGAGUAAAAUCCAACGAAAAGCUACGUAAAGAAGCUAAAGAAAAGAACGUUAAAGUAGAACUUAGGAGACAACCUGCCCAACCUAGGCCAGCACAUAUUGUUAGCGGAAAGGUUCCAGCACAGGUGCUUGCUCCUAUCCCAUAUGAAUUCAUUGCUUAGGUUUGUUUAUCUUAAAAUAAAAUCCUUUAUAUAAUA